UCAAAACAAACCAAUAAAACCAAUCACUCUAAUAACCAAAAAAAUCAAAACCGAGAGUGAAGUGUAAGAAAUGGAUCUUCUCUUAUUAGAGAAGUCACUAAUCGCCGUCUUCGCGGCGGUGAUUCUCGCCACCGUGAUCUCCAAGCUCCGCGGCAAGAAGCUAAAACUACCUCCCGGACCUAUCCCCAUUCCCGUCUUCGGAAACUGGCUCCAAGUCGGAGACGAUCUAAACCACCGCAACCUCGUCGACUACGCUAAAAAAUUCGGAGACCUCUUCCUCCUAAGAAUGGGACAAAGAAACCUAGUCGUCGUCUCUUCACCUAACCUCGCCAAAGAAGUGCUCCACACGCAAGGUGUAGAGUUCGGAUCUCGGACAAGAAACGUCGUCCUCGACAUCUUCACAGGGAAAGGACAAGACAUGGUGUUCACUGUCUACGGAGAGCACUGGCGUAAGAUGAGAAGGAUCAUGACGGUUCCUUUCUUCACAAACAAGGUCGUGCAGAGGAAUCGUGAAGGGUGGGAGUUCGAGGCCGCGAGUGUGGUGGAGGAUGUGAAGAAGAAUGUUGAUUCCGCUACGAAAGGGAUUGUGUUGAGGAAGCGUUUGCAGUUGAUGAUGUAUAACAACAUGUUUCGGAUCAUGUUUGAUAGGAGGUUUGAGAGUGAGGAUGAUCCUCUGUUUUUGAGGCUUAAGGCUUUGAAUGGAGAGAGAAGUAGGUUGAAUCAGAGCUUUGAGUAUAACUAUGGUGACUUUAUUCCUAUCCUUAGGCCGUUCCUUAGAGGAUAUUUGAAGAUUUGUCAAGAUGUUAAGGAUCGGAGACUCGCGCUUUUCAAGAAGUACUUUGUUGAUGAGAGGAAGCAAAUUGCGAGUUCUAAGCCUACAGGGGGUGAUGGAUUGAGAUGCGCAAUUGAUCACAUCCUUGAAGCUCAAGAGAAGGGAGAAAUCAACGAGGAUAAUGUUCUUUACAUCGUUGAGAACAUCAAUGUUGCUGCUAUUGAGACAACACUAUGGUCCAUCGAAUGGGGAAUUGCGGAGCUAGUGAACCAUCCUGAGAUCCAGACCAAGCUAAGGAACGAAAUCGACACGGUUCUUGGACCAGGAGUUCAAGUCACAGAGCCUGAUCUUCACAAGCUUCCAUACCUCCAAGCCGUGAUCAAGGAAACCCUUCGUCUAAGAAUGGCUAUUCCACUCCUCGUGCCUCACAUGAACCUCCACGACGCUAAGCUCGCUGGGUACGACAUCCCAGCGGAAAGCAAGAUCUUGGUCAAUGCCUGGUGGCUAGCAAACAACCCUGAGAGCUGGAAGAAGCCUGACGAGUUUAGGCCCGAGAGGUUCUUUGAAGAAGAGGCUCACGUGGAAGCCACCGGUAAUGACUUUAGGUAUGUGCCGUUUGGUGUUGGACGUAGAAGCUGUCCAGGGAUUAUAUUGGCGUUGCCUAUUUUGGGAAUCACUAUUGGUAGGUUGGUACAGAACUUCGAGCUUCUUCCACCUCCAGGACAGUCUAAAGUUGAUACUUCUGAGAAAGGUGGACAGUUCAGCUUGCACAUUCUUCACCACUCCACAAUCGUAAUGAAGCCAAGGUCCUUCUAAAACUUAAAAAGAAACAAAUGACUUGUGUUAUGGACAACACUAUAAUGAUGUUUGUUGAAUAUUCCACGUUUUUUUUGUAAGGUGUUGUGUAAAAAUGUCUUUAAAAUGGUUCCGUUCCACGAUUGCAAUAAUAGUGAUUUCCACUGUUUUGAAAUGGACAUUGUUGUUACAUACUUUCAAAUCCUCAUAUGAUUGUUGAACCAUAUUAGUUUGGAGGUUUCUGGUAGAGUGUAACUAACGUUCAUGAGAUCCUUUUAAAACGUGGAUAAAUUGGAAAAUAAAUUAUU